ACAGAGGAAACGGUACAACCAGAGAACGUCUCCGGCCAGCAGGGGCUCUUUAACUAGGUUUUUUUCACAGUUGUCAUUUAGAAUAAAGUUUACGGUUAUGGGGUAUGGGCGAUAAGGAUCUGGAGAAAUUCCGACAACAGUGGAGGGAAGAGAUUACGGAGCGCAACGUCUCGGCCGGCGUUAGAUACGGCGAAGGGAGCGGCAAAAAGCGGCGCAAGCGGGGGCCGGGGCCCGGUUACCAUGGGGACGGAGAGGGGGGUGACCCAUCAGCUCCGAGGCCCGGUUACCAUGGGGACGGGGGUGACCCGGGACUCGGUCACGAGGACUGUGAGGGCGGGUCCAAGGCGGAGGGGCCGAGUGGCCGGCAGCAGGUAGUCCCAGGAAACGCGGAUUAUUUCUACCUGGCCGAGAGUCUGCUGGAGGGCCGGACCAGCCCGCUCAGGGAGCGCCUGGAAGGUGGGCGAUGCGGCGGGGUCGCCGGCCGCAGAGGGAAGGGGCCAGCAGCCCGGGCCUGUGACAAACCCUCGGACCGAGCCGGACAGACCCCCAGCAACAAGAGAGAGAACCUGCUCGAUCAACUCAUCAAUGAUUUGGAUGAAAUAAAUGAAAUCCCCUUUUUUGAUAUUGACCUGCCGUAUGAGCUAGCACUGAAAAUAUUUGCAUAUCUUGGUAAAACUGAACUUGGAAGAUGUGCUCAGGUGAGUAAAGCCUGGCAGGUUAUUGCAGAGGAUGAGGUGCUUUGGUAUAAGCACUGCUUGAAGGCAGGCUACCAGGUUAAGGCAGACAUUGGUGACUUCACAUGCUGGAAGGCUGUUUUGCGAGAUUCCAUGAAGAAGGAACAAACAUUGCGAGCCAACUGGAAGAACCGUAUUGGAGCUGCAAGCCAGUUGCAGUAUGAUGUGGGAGGAAUAUUAUGUGAUGCACACUCAUGCAAUGGAUUGGUAGUUUCUGGAUACACAUCAGGAGACGUGAGAAUGUGGGACAUAAGCACCUGGGACAGCAGUGCCUUGUAUCUGGAAACGUCACGCAGCUCUGCAGAACUUGGACCACGGCCACACGUCUCUUUUGUGAGGAUAAAUAGCACCAUAGCAGUGGCGGCUUACAAGGGCGGUGCUGUUGAUGUAUGGAGCACAGUUCUUGCACGGGAACCAGUUCAUCAUUAUCAACAUACCCAAGAGAUACAGGCUAUAGCAGUGGCAUCAGACAGUGCUGCAAUAGCAACUUGCUCAGGCUAUCAAGUAAGAUUAGAAUCGAGUGAUGAGAAAGGAUAUUGGCGGAGAGCAUACGAGUUUGAACUCCAGAAACUGGUUAGCUACCUUCAGCUUGUUCCAGGUGUUGCUGUAAAUACAGAUGAAAAUCAACCAGUAGUAGCAGCAGCUGAAGAUACUGUUUACUUACUCAACCAUGAUACAGAGCCAAAGAUACUUCACUCCAUCUAUGGAAAUACUGUGACCUGCCUGGAUGUAUCUAUUAAUCGGAUUGCCUGUGGUGUCAAAAGUUUUGGUUGGAUAAUGAGCCAUGGCAAUAAGGUACAAGUUUAUUGCCUACAAACAUCUCAACCUUUGGCAACACUGGGGAACACUGCAGGAGACUUCACCUGUGUGAACCUAAAGGAUAGUCCUCCUUAUCUAGCCAUUACUGGAAACAAGGACAGGAAUGUGUGUCAACUCUUCUCUUUUAGGGUGAGAGUAUAUGACCUUCGGACAAGUAAAGAAGUGAUAUCACUCUAUGGCCAUCAACUGGGUGUUUCAUCAGUGCAAAUGGAUGACUGGAAGAUUGUCAGUGGUGGUGAAGAGGGAUUGGUUUGUGUGUGGGAACAACGAAUGGGAACCAAACUCUGGGAAAUGCAUUCCAGGCAUCCUGUACGACACUUACGUUUUGGUGCACACACGCUGGUCACAGCAAAUAUACCUGAUGAGAAAUGUCCAAGAGGAGCCAGUAUCAUGGAUGAUGAUUUAACAGCUCAUCGUAGACAUCGAGGAAUUAUUUAUGUCUAUGACUUUUCAGUCGAUAAAUCAGCUCCUGUCUUACCAAUCUGUUGUUCAACAUAUGAUGAAGAUGUUGGCUACAGCUAUAACAUAGCACUUUCAAUGCCCUAUGACCAAAUCAAGUGAAUAUCUGUCAUCUCGUGGAUAUAUUGGUUCCAUUACAGUCAUAUAGUAAUUCUAAAAGUAAUGUAAUUGACUUACAUUUCAAUAUGUAAGGAAAUAAUACUUCUCAGGAGAACUCUAAGGAGGCAUCAAGGACAAUGGAGAGACAUCUGAACUGGAAAUGACCCUCAGCCCUGAAAUUCCCCAAGGACUUACCACCAAACUUUGAAGAAAAGUGGCAAAAAUAGUCGUUUCAGCCAGCUUUCAACAGGAGUUCCAGCGCACUCCUACAUAGAUUAUAGCAGGAGACUUUGUCUUCUGUUUAAAUGUUUCUAAUUCUUUUGAUUUUUCUUCCUUUUAUAAAUUGUUUCUCAUGAAUUUUAGAGCAACAGUUUUCAUGCAUGGUCAUGUGAGGACAGGAAUGUUGGCUUCCGCUUCGAUUGCAUAAUUCACAGGAUGAUAUGUUUUGCAAGUAAUGCAAAGAAAGCAGUAGACUGUUUUCAACAAAUAGUUUAUUGUCUUAAGCUUUCAAUAAAGUUCCCAAAUAGU